AUGAGCGUUCGUAAAAUUCAAAGAGAUCCAGGACCUCAGACUGAAGGGUAUAAAGGGGUAUUUAAGGGGAUUUCAGACAACCUGAAUGUCGGAGUAGGCAAGUACGCUCCUCCAAUAGGCAUGGAAUAGAGAGAACAUCACUACAACAUCGGAUGGAAACCAUGGCAAUAAUCAAAUGAAACCGUUUAUGAAGUAGACUAUAAGCCCAACAAAGAUGUAGUGAAAAGGGACAAUUGCGCCAAUAUGCAUCCAUCAACCAUACAUAUUGAUCACAUUAAUGUGCCUUACAAAAAGGAUACUCACUUCAACUCCGAAUACAAGAAUUAUAAGGACUAUCAGAAUCCCCCCAGAGCCAAACCUAUUAGAGACAAGCUUACCUUGAUGGCCACUCAAAUAGUGAUGGGCGAUGACCAUCCAAAUUACAAGACUGCCUAACUGAUUGCUCAAGAACCCAAACCCCCCUAAAGACAAUUGGUGUAUCAUCCGAAACCAGAGAAAUACGAUAUCAUUACUAAUCAUGAGGUAUGUGCUGUGGCUGAAAGAAUAAAAAAGGCAUCUGCUUUUGACUAUUGGAAUCCGACUACAGAGAAGAAACAUCAAUCAUUUAACACUUCCGAGAUCCCUUAGUAUAGAAUGGGUAGUAGAGAUCCUAUUACAGGGAGAUUUAUUUCCUGA